CAACAACCGGUUAUAGGGUGAAGAAACUGUACUUAGUAAGCGCAAGACUCAAAUGCCUGGGGUACGGCCUGUGAUAUUUAUCCGACCGAUAUGCUUACCCAAAACAACACACUAUUUGUAGGUGUUAGCUAAUUACUUUUCAGGUUAUAACAGUCCUUUGUGGAGGCGACAAGUUGAAUAUCCUAAGGUUUUUCCUGGAGAUCCUCCAGUGCCAUGUUUCCUGCCUCCGUUUUGGAUGAAAAUGAUGUAUCCUGGUCCAAAGAAUCCUCCUAACCAUGUUAUUUUUAAAGUCCACCCACAGUAAUUACCUAGUAAUUUGUUAUCUCAGAAUGACUAAGCGCGACGUACAGCAGUAUCUAGAAAAGAUUUACAAUGUUCCUGUUGUCGAUGUUCGAGUAAAGAUGGUUCAUCACGAUUUAGAACCAAUUGAUGUGCCGCCACUACGUAAAGCUCAGAGAGCAGUCGAUUCCACACAAUUUCCCCCUAAACCUGAACGCUAUGAAAAGGUUGCAUAUGUUCGUUUGGUAAGACUUAAUUCUGUACAUGAUUAAAUUUCUCAACAUAAAUGUUUGGUUAUUAACCAAACUGUUAGAAUGUUCGGGAGACUAACAAUUCUGGUUUUGCUUGUUUAGUUUUUUCUUGGUAUAUUUCGUCGGUUGAUUUUAAUGGGAGACAGCGUCCAUGAUGCAUUUUCAGUACUUGAUCUUCCACGUAACUAUUUUGCUCUUUAUGUCCAGUUUUCAUCACAGAAAUGUCAUAGCAAUUAUUUUAAAAGUGAAAUAUGAUUUUUCUGGAGUGAAUCGUAGUUAAAUUUGGAUUCACGAACUCACCAGUGAAAUAGAAGUUCAGUUUACCAAAGAAUCUUGCUAGAAUUCUAUGAAUAUACGACUGUAAAAGUCGUUAGUCCGAUGGAUUAAAGUUUAAUGAUUGAAAUCACUUUCUGAAACAUACUUUUUCAUCAUCAUUAGUGAAGCAAUAACUCGAUUUUGUGUAAGUGUAUGUAGUAGCACAAAACAUUAUGCUUUUCUUGUUUUUAUGUUUGCACUGAUCGGUACUCAGAAACCUCAAAAAACUGGUUGUAGUAAGGUACUACGAACGGAAAUCUAAAUAAACUAAAUAAUAUUUGCUUUACAGGAUUCAGUGUAAUUUAAACUGCUUAGUUGUGACUUUAGUUAGGUCGAUCUGUGAUUGAUUUACUAAUGGUUUUUGUUUCUAUAAGUUUUCUCCUUUAUUAAAAAACGGACAUUAACCAAGCAUAUAUUUCCACCUUGUUUUCUGUAAUAUAUAUGUUCAAACUAUUUUGAUAUGUUUUUAGUUAGUCAAACCGCGUUUUAUUACGGUGCAUUGAGUUAUGUAGAAAAAUAAGGUAGAUGCUUGGUUUACACCAGUUUUUGUUGCAUUGCAACCGUAUAGCUGCUAAAUCGUUUCAAAGGCUGAAAUGUUAAAGAACAACUAGUCAAAUAUAGAAGCGACACGCUUAUGACUAGUUUACUAAAUAAUUCUUCGUUUUACUAUGGGAUGUCAUAUGACUUGCAUAUAAUCUACUUAUUCUGUUGACCACAUUUGUCCGUAAUUAUGGCAUGCAUUUCGCUCUAUCAAGGUACAAUUUACACUCGCGAAACUAACAGGAACUCUUGUCUUGCCAAUAAAUCUUCACAGUGUUCAAAUCAUGUGUCGAAAACAUAACCAUAAGUUAAGAAACCAAAGUGAAAGUUACUAAGCAUGAGUGUAAUUGAUCUCAAUCAUUUCGGUCUAUCUUCCGUGAUAUGGCUACUGGCACUUUUUAAACAAAUACCGAAAAUCAAUUGCUUUAAUUAAAAACUAGCGUUCUUGAUAGCGAUUGGGUUCUGAUUGUUGACUUGGUUCGCUUGUUAUGUUCUUUUGUAAAUCUGUUUGUUCUCAUCUACAUAGUUCUGUCGAUAAGAAUGUUAUUAUUUUUACGUAUUUAAGGAAUGUGUUUAUUUUUGGAGAGAAAAAAGUCCCAGUAUAAAGUACGUUAAGACUGUUUUCUUUUAAAGCAUUGCAAAGAUUCUCUUUGCUUGGUUACUGUUAGUAAUUGCGUUAGCAACCAAUUAUCGAUUAGAAACUGUGAAUUGCUUUAGUGAUACCUUGCUUAUGUAACUCGACUGUCAGCUAUUAUUUAGGUCAAUAAUUUCACUUAACUCCGUAAUUCCUCUCGUAUUAUCUUGUUUAGGCCCCUGGUGAAGUUUUUGUUUUUCCUGAUCUGUUCAAAGACAAACGUCCAUCAGAAGCUACUGAUACUCUAAUGGAUGGCGAUGCUGACAAAUCUGAAGAAGUCGUUUCUGAUGUCUCCAAAAAGGUAGAGAAUAACAAACUUCAACCUCUGAAAGGGUGUAGCAAAUGGUUUGCACCUUAAUGUCUGUAUAUAUUGUAUAAUAUAAUUUAGUUCACAUAUUGUUUAUCCUGCUACUUAUUGAAGUGGGAUGUCAGCUGUUUCUCUCGACCAAACAGUUGGCAACUAGAUUUUCAUGCAUUUCAAUAAACACUAUUUCUAAUAGUCGAACAGUUAACCCUUUCUUGCCUAGAAAUAUUUACAAAUGAUGCUUUCUGUUUGAUCACUAUUUCUUCUUUAGAAAUAUUAUUUGUAUUCGUUCCCACCAUUUACCUUUUUAUUGGUAUGUUGAAAAGUGUGAUAGGUUCGCAAUCAUAGUUAAGUGGUUAGAUGAUCCGGUUUCUUACUAGUAAUGGAUCACUGGUUCGAAUCUCACUCCACCUACUUCAGUUACGACAGAUGUGGGUGUCACCAGUUCUCACACUUACAGUAUAGCGCAAAGCUAAGUACACGAAUUAGUACGAAGUGAGUUAAAUAAAUGCAUUGCGUGGCCUGAGGUCGGCUAAUGUAAUUUAUUUACAUCUAAAGUAUGAGCUUAGAUAAGUGCAUGUGUGCGAUCUCCCAAGUUGUCUUUUAUUUAUUGACUGUAGAUGAAGAUCAUGGGAGUAUUGCAACGCUUUCCGUUGGAAAUCAGAGAUUGGUGAUGUUGCGAUAUUAGUCUGUGUGUAAAAUAUCGUGCUUAAAGCACUUCUGUGCCCCUUUGUACCAAUAUUUAUGUGUUCAAAUAAAUAAAUACUUUACAAAUGCCAUUUUAGCGACUUCCACACCGCCCUUUAUUCACUGACUAUAAGACUGGUUGGAGAAAGUGAAAUGGUAGGUUUAAGAUAUGUUGCAGGGGUAUGAGAGAAAGCUGUAUAGGACUAACAUCUGUUGGUCCAUCAUAAGUCCCUGAUUGGAGUCCGAGCGGUAGUUCAACUCAGUGGCUUGAAAUGUAACCGGACAUGACUCAGAGGAAGCAAAUGUAGAUCCUACUGUGAUUUUCUUCCAAUUUCUUCAUAAAAGUAAGAAACUCCUCUUCCGAACAGGAUUCUUUUCGUUGUUCAUUUUUUGAAACAACUGUUUCUCUCGUACCUUAACCUCACCCAUUUUUUAUUCACCUAUUUCUUCUUUCAUUAUACUCACUCUUAUUUUUAUAUCUCUUCACAAUGUGUGAUGCAAAUUUAUUUCAAUGCCUGUUUGUACCGACAUUCGAUGUUGGGUGUCUUUGAAGCAUUGGUUGCAUAUUUCGUACAAUCAAGUUUUGAGGUUUAACCCGGAGCUCUAAGCGUGACAAAUCGAUAGAAGAGGUAAUGAAUCUUUAUCGACUGAAGUGGUUCGGAUAUGUAUAAUGUAUGCCCAUCCACCGUCUGCUUCGACGCACGAUGAUGUAGGAAUAAGUUGGAUUAAGGUUAGGGUCGUCAGAACCAGAACGUGGUAUCAAUCAACAAUGAGAAUGAGUAUUGGACUAAGCCCUGUAAGUAGGUACAGACUAUCUGGUUGGAGUCAGCAUAGUGUGACGGCUCAAAUUCGUUCACAGUAGUGCGGAUACAUCCACUCCGUGUCUUACUUUAAAUCUUAAGUUUCUAAAUUCUUCAUAAGUUUCUUAGUAUAGUGAUGAAGAACUUGCCGAAUUAUACUCCCUAUAUAAGUUGCUUCAUAGGAACAGUUUAAAUGAUAAUUACAAUACAAAUACAAUUCCUAAAUGAUCCCACCGAAGAAACACGGUGCAAUUUUUUCAUUUGCAUCGCAUAACAGAACGCCAUCCAUCUUGGUUGAGCAAAGGACAGGUACAGUGAUUCAGAGUUGUAUUCUCGUUCACUUGGUGAAUACAGGACAAUAAAUUAUUCAACACAACCAUAAGAACCCCAAGUUCAAAUCAAUAAUAGGAAAGGAAAUCACACUAAAUAGUUAGUGUCUGUUAGUCUACGCUCAGCGGUCAAACACAUCUGUAUUUACUGCCGCACAUUAAGAGAGUAUUCAGAAAAGACCUUAGAUAUAUACAAAUCACUGUGAUCGCUCUUACCAUUCUAGGUCUUGGAAGUAUGGUUGUGAACAUCGAGUAUCCCACAGACAGCUAAGAAACUCAGUUGGAUAUAUUCACAUUUUAAAAUUAUUUUAACAAACAAAGACAUAAAUAUAUUCACUGUUAGUCUAUCCUGAGUCUUAAUAUUAUUCUAUUCAUUUUGUUUUAUGAAUUCGCCAACCAUAUCCUCUAUUUUUAACUCUUUCGGCUUCAACUCUCUCUUAUAUAACCGUGAAAUCCAUAUAAUUGUGUUGACGCUGUGGCUGAUGCACAUUUGUGAUAUUAGGACAUAAGUUGCUGAACUAUUAUUAUUAGUCGAAUUGACAUAAUGACUAGUUCAAUAAAAGAACUAGUAAUUUCUUUGCCCUAACUAGCUUGAGAUUUUGUAUUUCGGUUUACAUGCUACCCACUAACUAUACCCUUAGGUAUUGUCACUUCAUUACAAUCGAUAAAAUGCAGGUCGAUCCUUAUAGGAAGUCCUUCGGCGUUUAUAUUCUACGUUAGAAAAGUAGUGUCACCGAAACACCGACCGUAGCUGCUACUACAUAGUGGUCGGAUGUGAAUAUUAAGAUGACCCGAAAGAGUUAUAUCAGCUAGAAUAUUUGUUCAUUUGGAUCUUACCAUACUAUAGAGACUAGUUGAGGAACAGAAACGGUCGACCCAGUAAAUAACACUUCACCUCAUCUUACGGAUUUCCGUCCCUGGCCGCUAAGCCUCGAAAGUACAGCUCUAGCACAUCAAGAGCUACUCACAAAAGGCUCAAAGAGUUGUCCCUUGUGUUUCACGGUCACGCUCCCAGAUCGUAAAGAUCACUACUAAUCCAGCUUCUUUUCCAGCCACCUCAAAAAGAAAUGUCCUUCCAUAGUAUAUGCAACCGCCCGCAUACUCCCAACAACAUUCAAGGUCAUACAUAUAAUUUAUACUUAUGUGGGUAACUGAUCAUAAAAAUCAACCACCAAGCAGAACAAUAUCAAAUAGGAAUAGUGGAUUCAAGUCAAUAGAAGAAUUACAAAUGGCUUUUGUUUUUCACUGACAAAAAACAACAAAUAAACCAUCUCUCAAAACAAAAAAAGAACAUUUACAAUGCUUCAUAACAACAGUAUGCGUACAACUUGUCAAGUAUAUAUCUGUACACACACACAAUUAAGUCAGGAGAAUUUAAUUUAAUGUUUCAUCAAGCCUUCAUUAUUUCUUUAUGUGCGCGCAUCGACUUAGGAAAACGGUGAUUGAAUAGUGGUUUUAAUAACUGAUAAUAAUGAUCAGGAUUUGCACGUGCACGCGCGCGCGCAUGUGUGUGUAUAAUUGUGUGUACAACAUUGGAAUGGAUACAAUAAAAUGUGAAUUCAUAUUACCCACAAUGUGGAAGAGAAGAUCACAGAAAUAGUAGU